CUUCUCCCUCUGUCUCUCUCAUCUUUGCUCAACCUUUCUUCCUCCCAUGGCAACUCUCUCUCAAGUCAUUAUCUAGCUUUCCUCUUUUUUUUUUUUUAUUACUUCUUUUACACUUCUUUAUAUGGAUACUGGUGCUCAUGUUCUCGGGUCGGUUACUAGUGAUGUAAACGGGUCACCAGAUCUGAAAGAAGAUAGAUCCGGUUUGCUACGAAGCUCGAAGUUAGCAAGAACAAUGGCAGAAGACAAGAACAUAUCUUCUCCUUACGCAGCUGCUUAUAGUAAGUCUUUAGGGUUUCCUCUUAUGAGAUCUGCUUCUGACUCUCUCCGACAAGAACAUAUGCUUAGCUUCUCAGACAAACCAGAAGCUCAUCAAGACUUGAGUAAAUAUGUCUGUUUGGAUAACAAGAACUCUCUCUCACCGUUUCUUCACCAGUUCCCACCUCAAUAUAGAAGCUCAGGAGGAGGAUAUGGUUGUGGUGGGAUGAUGAUGAACAUGAGCAUGCAAGGGAAAGGACCUUUUACAUUGACUCAAUGGGCUGAGCUAGAGCAACAGGCCUUGAUCUAUAAAUAUAUCACAGCCAAUGUCCCUGUUCCUUCUAGUUUGCUCAUCUCUAUCCAGAAGUCUUUUUACCCUUAUGGAUCUUUGCCUCCUAGCUCUUUUGGAUGGGGAAGUUUCCAUCUAGGUUUCGCGGGCGGUAACAUGGAUCCUGAGCCAGGGAGAUGCCGUAGAACAGAUGGGAAGAAAUGGAGGUGCUCAAGAGAUGCUGUUCCUGAUCAGAAAUACUGUGAGAGACACAUCAACAGAGGCCGUCACCGUUCAAGAAAGCUUGUGGAAGUCCAAUCUAACCAGACCGCUGCAGCUGCGUCCAAAGCGGUUACAACGCAGCAACAGCCUGUGGUUGCUGGUGGCAUUAACAGUAACCUUACCCGCAACCGCAGUCUCAACACUUCAUCUCAAUACAACAAUCCCUCUACAGACUCGCUACUUAACAAUAGAGUAUAUCAAUCCACAGUUAACUUGCAACCCAAGGAAUCUCUUCAGAAACAAAGAAACAAUUAUGAGUUUGGACACAUCUCCUCUGAUUCAUUGCUAAACCCUAACUCUGCAAAGAGCUACGGACCAACGUACUUGGAUUUUAGCAGCAAUCAAGACAAGCAACAGAACAAUCACAACCACAGCUCUUGGCCUGAAGAGCUGAAGUCAGAUUGGACACAGCUUUCAAUGUCAAUUCCAGUAGCAUCAUCAUCGUCAUCACCUUCCUCCACACACACCACUGGUCAGGACAAGACCACAUUGUCGCCUCUCAGGCUAUCUCGUGAGUCUGAGCAGGAAACACACAAAAAGGUGAAUACAUGGAUACCAAUCUCAUGGGGAAACUCCUUAGGAGGUCCUCUAGGAGAAGUACUCAACAGUACAACGAAUAGUCCCACGCUUGCAUCUUCUCCUACAGGGGUUUUGCAAAAGUCAACGUUUUGUCCACUCUCUAACAGCAGCUCUGUUAGCAGCCCCGUUGCUGAGAGCAACAGAAACAGUGGUGGUGACUACUUCCGUUACACUACCUGAUGAGGAAUGUGUUAAAAGCGCUGUUUUUAUUUUAUUUUAUUUUAUUUUGAACUCUCUUUUCUUUUUGCUGCAUUGCUUUGUUCUGUUUCUUUCUAUGCAUAAUGGCC